CGAUGUCUGGAAGAGGAAAGGGAGGAAAAGGACUCGGUAAAGGAGGUGCUAAGCGGCAUCGCAAAGUUCUCCGUGAUAACAUCCAGGGAAUCACUAAGCCCGCUAUCCGCCGUCUGGCUCGUCGCGGUGGCGUCAAGCGGAUCUCCGGUCUCAUCUACGAGGAGACUCGCGGGGUGUUGAAGGUUUUCCUGGAGAAUGUCAUCCGUGAUGCCGUCACCUACACCGAGCACGCUAAGAGGAAGACUGUGACCGCCAUGGAUGUGGUCUACGCUCUCAAGAGACAGGGACGCACUCUCUACGGCUUCGGAGGUUACGAAACGAUGGCAGAAGAAGCUCCAGCAGCUCCAGCUCCGGCCAAAGCGGCCAAGAAGAAGGCAACCAAGCCCAAGAGCGGACCCAGCGUGGGCGAGCUCAUCGUCAAAGCCGUGGCCGCGUCUAAGGAGCGGGGCGGAGUGUCCCUGGCCGCCCUCAAGAAGGCUCUGGCUGCCGGAGGCUACGAUGUGGACAAGAACAAGGGCCGAGUUAAGGUAGCCAUUAAAGCCUUGUUGGCUAAGGGGACCUUGGUCCACACCAAGGGGACCGGGGCCUCUGGUUCCUUCAAGAUGAGCAAGAAGGCUGCAGAGCCCAAGAAGGCGAAGAAGCCGGCGAAGAAAGCCGCUGUUAAAGCCAAGAAGCCCGCAGCAAAGAAACCCGCAGCGGCCAAGAAGCCCAAGAAAGCAGCAGCUAAGAAGCCAGCAGCCGCUAAGAAGUCCCCGAAGAAGGCCAAGAAACCCAAAGCAGCGCCUAAGAAAGCGGCUAAGAGCCCUAAAAAGGCCGCAAAGAGUCCCAAGAAGGCAGCGCCCAAAAAGGCCGCCGCUGCCAAGAAAGCCCCGGCAAAGAAGGUCGCCAAGCCCAAAGCCAAGAAAGCAGCACCCAAGAAGAACACAUUUUUCUCCCUAUCAGAGAAACAUACAAUGGCAAGAACCAAGCAGACCGCUCGUAAAUCCACCGGAGGCAAAGCCCCCAGGAAGCAACUGGCCACCAAGGCUGCCCGCAAGAGCGCCCCGGCCACCGGCGGCGUCAAGAAGCCUCACCGUUACAGGCCCGGGACCGUGGCUCUGCGCGAGAUCCGACGCUACCAGAAGUCCACCGAGCUGCUCAUCCGCAAGCUGCCCUUCCAGCGCCUGGUCCGAGAGAUCGCUCAGGACUUCAAGACCGACCUGCGCUUCCAGAGCUCCGCCGUCAUGGCUCUGCAGGAGGCCAGCGAGGCUUACCUGGUGGGACUCUUCGAGGACACCAACCUGUGCGCCAUCCACGCCAAGAGAGUCACCAUCAUGCCUAAAGACAUCCAGCUGGCCCGCCGCAUCCGCGGAGAGAGAGCUUAA